GACGUCGAGGCCCAGGAUCAAGCCAGCGAGGGCAACAAUGGUGGUAAUGAAGAGGAGGUUGAACGUGGUGAACAUUGGAGAGGCAGCACUUGGUAUGGUUGUAGAAGAAAGAGAAGUUUCUUCUUCUGCUGUUUUUGAUGUUUUUGAUGUUUUUGUGCAAUGAAAAUUUUUACCCGGCAGUCUUCGGUUUUUUUUGGUUUGUGAAAUUUUUUUAGGCACAAAAUGAAAGAAAAAGAAUUGCAGAAUUAAAGAAUUGGUGAGAAAUUGGUGGUUUUUUUCUGUUUUUGGUGAGAGAUUCCUGGAAAAGAGAAAGAACAGUUUGGAUUUGUAUAGUAGAACACAUACACACGACAAGAUGAAACUUAUAACAUCGAAUUUUAUCAAAUGCCCCAUCAAGAAGUGUGAUUCCUCUUUGGAUUCGUAUCCAUUGAGCUAUCAAAACUGUCAAUUGGUAAUAAAACAACAGGAUUUUAAUGCCAACUUCAUCAAAUCGAUGUUGAACAGAUUGGAUUGGGAUGCUUUGUUACGAGUGGCAAAAGAAUUGGGCAAUACUUUGUUGCCUUUGAACAAGCCAGCACUUGAGAAUAGUGAUCAAGAAGAGGACAAAGAAGAUGACGAAGAAAAUUUGAAUGAAAAUGAUUUGAAAUUGUUAAAAGAUUUGCACAAUUUACUUUUAGAAACAAAUAUCAUUGAAGGUGAAAUGAUCUGUAGAAGUUGUAACCACAAAUUCUAUAUCAAAGGUUCAAUACCAAAUUUAUUAUUACCACCACAUUUAGUUGAUUAGUUUUAAUAAAACUUUACAAAGUCGUUCAAAUGAUUUCUUAUUAAUUCACAUUAAUUCACAUUAACUCAUAUAAAUUCGUACAAAUCCACAUUGAU